AUGUUGGAUAUUACUCAAUUUAUUGAAGAGAAAGGUGGUAACCCAGAGUUGAUUAGAAAGUCCCAAAUCGCUCGUGGUGCUAGUGUUGAAAUCGUCGAUGAGAUCAUCGCAGGCUAUAAAGAAUGGGUCAAGACUAGAUUCCAAGUUGAUGAAUUGAACAAGCAACUAAACAAGGUCCAAAAGGAAAUUGGAUUGAAAUUCAAGAAUAAGGAAGAUGCCAGUGAAUUGUUGGCUGAAAAGGACAGAAUUGUCGCUGAGAAGAAAGUGUUGUCUGAAAGGGAACAAGAGGAAGAUAAGCAGUUGAGAUCCAAGGUUAACCAAGUUGGUAACAUUGUUCACCCAUCUGUUGUUGUUUCUAACGAUGAAGAGAACAACGAGUUGGUCCGUAGUUGGAUGCCAGAAAACAUCAAGGAAGUGGCCCAAGUAGCUACUGCCACUGGUGCUGAGGCCAAGUUGUCUCACCAUGAGAUCUUGUUGAGAUUGGAUGGUUACGAUCCAGAACGUGGUGUUAAGAUUACUGGUCACAGAGGUUACUUCUUCAGAAACUACGGUGUGUUUUUGAACCAAGCUUUGAUCAACUAUGGUUUGUCCUUCUUGGCUUCCAAAGGGUACACUCCUUUGCAAGCUCCAGUAAUGAUGAACAAGGACGUUAUGGCCAAGACUGCUCAAUUAUCUGAAUUCGAUGAAGAACUAUACAAGGUCUUGGAUGGUGAUGAUGAAAAAUACUUGAUCGCUACCUCCGAACAACCCAUUUCUGCAUACCACUCCGGUGAAUGGUUUGAAAAGCCUCAAGAACAAUUGCCAGUUCGUUAUGUUGGUUACUCUUCUUGUUUCCGUAGAGAAGCUGGUUCUCAUGGUAAAGAUGCUUGGGGUGUCUUUAGAGUUCAUGCUUUCGAAAAGAUUGAGCAAUUUGUCUUGACUGAACCAGAAAAAUCUUGGGAAGAAUUUGAUAAGAUGAUCAAUUACUCUGAAGAAUUCUACCAAUCCUUGGGCUUACCUUACCGUGUCGUCGGUAUUGUUUCCGGUGAAUUGAACAACGCCGCCGCCAAGAAGUACGAUCUAGAGGCUUGGUUCCCAUACCAAAAGGAAUACAAGGAAUUGGUCUCUUGUUCUAACUGUACCGAUUAUCAAUCUAGAAACUUGGAAAUCAGAUGUGGUAUCAAGAAGAUGGGUGACAGAGAAAAGAAAUACGUACACUGUUUGAACUCUACCUUGUGUGCUACACAAAGAGCUCUAUGUUGUGUUCUAGAAAAUUACCAAACCGAUGAAGGUCUAAAGGUCCCAGAGGUGUUGAGAAAGUACAUUCCAGGUGAACCUGAAUUUUUGCCAUACGUGAAAGAAUUGCCAAAGAACUCUACUUCUAACAAGAAGAAGAACUAA